CACGUCAUCAUCAUGUAUAACCUAGACGUUGUAAUUGACUCUCAGAGCCUCAGUAGUGCUGAAAGAGUGAGCGUUUGCUGGCAGACGAGGUAUGCACUCACAGCUUCAAAAAGCACAUACCAAACUAAAAGGUAAAGAAAGUGAACUCGAAUUGGAGAAAAGACGGAGAUGGGCAAUUGAGGCUGAACUGAAAGCUGAGAAGCAAAUGUGUACUGAUCUAAGAGAGAAGAACAGGAAGAUGUAUGACGGACAUGUGGAAAGGGAAAGGAAACUUGGUCAAUCUCAUGACCUUGCAAUUGCAGCUUUACGAACUCAACUACUGCUGUUGAAAGGAAAGGUAUCUGAGUUGGAAUCGAAGCAGAGAAGGAUGUGGGAAGUCGAGGCAGAGCUGGAAUGUGAAAAGAAUGUGACGGCCGAAUUGAGAGAGGAGAUUCGAAGACUGAAUGAUGAUCAGUUGGAUAGGCAAAAGAGAUUUCAUCAGUUAUGUGACAUAUUAACCAAAGGAAGAACGGAUGAUGUAAGACAACAGACUGAAAGGGAACUCAUGUGUUUGUCACAUCAUCAUGUACACACUCGUUCACAUUCGGAGAAACACAGGACCAGGACAUCACAUUCAAGAGACGGAGAGUGUGAUAUACCACAGACGUGUAGUGUAGACAGACGUGCUGUUGGUAGGAAGGCGCCCGAAGUGAGAUGCACUACGAGAAUCCCUUUGUCCGAUUUGUUGUGGGAAGAACGACUACGACCUCAAUACGCAUACGUAGUCGACGUCCUAAAGCCUGACAAACUCUUACCGACUUUGUUUGCAGAUGGCGUCAUCGAUUGCGACGAGUUCUCUACACUUAGAAAAGCUAGGGAAACUCUCACAGACAAGGGAGUGAGUGAGAAACUACUAAUGGACAUUUUAUACAAAAAACCUCCCGGCUCGUUCGACAAGUUUUGUUCAGCGUUGAGGAAAGUCAGUGGAGGCCAACAGCAUAUUGCUGACGUACUUAGUGAAGGUUUUGACUAUCAUGUAAUUAGCAGUGCUAGUUAACAUUAGAGUACUCUAGAUUUCAAUAGAGUUUAGUGAUUAUACCUUUUGCUUAGGAAGCGUAGUGUACUACAAUGGAUCCCACUCCUGUCACCAAUGUAAGCCUGCAAAUGCAGGUAAAUUUCUAUUGUCUAGAGAUAUCAAAUUAUAAACAGUAGGUGACU